AUGAGUUACUACUUGGGUCAGUCCAGCCCGCACCCUCCACCGAUGACCCAUCCGCCCGACCCACCUCAUGCUCACCCAAGUGCCACUGCUGAACACCUCCCCUCGAUCCCCUCCCCCAGUACUCGUCGGCACCCUCGAUAACCCCUUGUACGAAACCUAUCUCACCUCGACCAAAUCCGCCUCGUCCACCAUCCUCUCCGUCCCCGUCGUCUCGUCCGGAUCGCCCGCCACGUCCUUCUCCAUAUUCGGAUCCCUUUCUCCGAACCCCAACUCCACCUCCACCUCCACCUCCACCUCCACCUCCACCUCCCAUCCCGACAAGCCACCACCGCCUCCACCUUCUCUUUCAACUGGAACCCAACCACCACCAUCGCACAGUAACGAUACUUUCGUAGGCUAUGGGCACAAGUCGGGUCCGCAGGGGAGACAUGUGAUGCAGCUCGUCGCGCACGCCAGUCUCGAUGUCGUCGAGGACGUGCAAUGGACCAAUGGGGCAAUGUAUGUUGGGAUCAUACAUGUUUGCGAAGCUUCUUUUCUUCUUGUCCUGAUCCUGGCUGUUCAUCAGGUACCUCAAAUCGAUCGACAAGUUUCAAGAAUGGACAAUCUCCGUCUGGAUCACACCGGGAGGUGAGCCUCGCCAGAGGCAGCAUCAUCAAGCCAAGCCGUUCUGGAUCACUGAAUCGUUUCUGGCGGUCCCCAUAGGCGUCAAGCUGAUCCUUCUGCACGAGGUCAAGAACGACGACGGGAUCCGCUUGUUCUUCCAAGAGACAUGGGAGAAUUAUGUAAAAGUGAGGAACUCCACCUUCUCUGGUGAAAGGCACAGACUGAAACGCUGUGAACUGACUCGCUUACUCUUGAUCGAUAGACCCUGUUGAAUCCCUUCCACGAACUCAACAGCCCGAUAAGUAGCCCCGUGUUCGACGCCAGAGUCAAGGCCAGCGCCAAGAAACACCUUUGA